GUGGAGGAGAUGCAGCGCUGACGUUAAAGACCAGCACCAAUAGGAGACAAUGGCUUCUGGAUUCUUCAAGUUCUCUGUUCUUGUGCAGAAGUAUCGGACACCUUUUUUGCUUGUAGGCUGUGGAGGCGUCUUUGCUGCCAACAUUUUCUACCAUGUGUGUCCAGAAAAAACAUACAGAAAAGUGUAUCAGGCCUGGAGCAAAGGAGAACCAGCGGUACUAUCCGAGAAGCUGGAGAAUGUGUUCCAACAGGUACUGAAAGACUCAGCAGUUAGCUUGUCUGCUAACUACACAGCUUUUGCUGCUUAUGGUUUUCAUCCGGUUGGAGCAGGGAUUCCAUGGCUUCCAGCGGGUGCACAGAUCGGCAUUCCUGCCAAUUUUAACAGCAGCCCAGAUGAUAUGUCUGGUGUCACCAACCGCACCAUACUCAUUAAUGCUAAAGAAGUACAAUGGGACAGCGAAGCAGGUAGUGUACUGAGAGAUGCCUUGGUGUUCUCCACAGACGCUCAGAAGUUCGCCAUGGCACGCGAGGUUGUGCGGCUUGAGGGUGCCGGCCCGGUGCUUCAUGCUACUGUGGCUCCGGCCUGUCUGGCCGGGACAUGGAUCUACAGCGUGGCUCUCAAGCAGAUCUUUGGACUCUUUGGUGGAUCCAUUAUUCUCAGAGCUGGGGUUAACCUAGUGGCUCUGGGUCUAGGAGCCGUCUCAUACUUUCUGGCGUCAGACGCCGUAAGCCAGUGGCUGGAGUUCAGCUCGGAUUGGCAAGCCGCCAGCCUCUCACGUGACUACGCAAAAGGUGGAGUCGAGUUCUAUGAGAAGAUUCUGUUGCGGAAUAAAACCCUGCGUACUCUAAUGGGACCUAAAGGGAAGGAGAUGUAUGCACCAAGUGGCAAUCUGUUCCCUGCCAGCCUGCUAAGUAUGAAACAUGCGCCUUACACCAUGAGGCGAGAUGAAAUUCUGAGUCUGCUGAAGGAGGAGAAAGCAUGAAGGACAUGAGUAAUGAGUAACUACCGUUCCUGUCAUGAAUGUAACCAAAGUGUAAAACAUGACAUUAAAAUUCUCAUAAACAAACAAA